AGUUCUGCGCAGAGAAUACGAAGCAAAUCAUGUACACUUUAUCAGCUCGCCAUCGAAUUAUUCCGGGCGCUAGAUUUGCAUAUCGAGUGAGAGUCAGCGCUAGCUGCGGUGACACAAACUCUCGUCGUGGGGCGACCGUUAAAGGUUAACUAACAAGCAGGUCUAAAACAAAUGCACUAAAUGCCGUCAAUUUUUUGGUUGUGAAUAUUUGCGGGACCAGCAAACGUUCAGAACCGACCGCACGACCGUGUGUACAGAAAUGCAUGCUCCUACCGAGUAGGUUCGUCUUUAAUCGCUCGUCGCAUCUACCACCAGCGCAUAAAGCGCCCCGCAUAAAAGCACCCUCAUGAAUAUGUAUACCGUGGUAUAGAGAAGCUUUUCCCAGCACGAGAGCGCACACACUGCAUGCGAGAGGCCCCAUGCAUGCAUACAUUGCAACGAUAUAUAUCAGCCUACCUUCAUUUCAUGUCGCCGCGCCGCGCCACUCCGCUGUAUAAAAUCUCACAGUAUCAUCUCUUUGGAUCUGCUCUCGCGGUAUCUAUCAUAUUUUCACCUAAAAUGUUGUAAUAAAAACGAUGUGAGCACCAGUUUUUUUCCAUCUCCAAGGAGACGACACCAUCAAAUCUCUUCUUUGGAACCAAAUUUGGAGUAUUACCACCCUUCUCAUAUGGAUUAGGAUCUAACGUAGAUAGUGAUAUGGAACCUGUAGCAAUAAGCGAUAUAUUCUUGUAAAUAUUUGUAGAUAUACAUUCUUCAGGUAAUUAAGAUGGCGGCUCUAACAACGGGGGCGACUCCGUAUUCGGACGGACUGGAGGUGAAUUUUGGCGGGGGUCCAGCCCGAGAGCCUCCCCCUCCCUCGCCCGAAGUCACGCAGAAGAAGACUAAAUCCCCCGCUGGUUUCAUCGUGUCUGUGCUUACCAGUAAUCGCUCUCUAUUCAUCUUCAGUGAAGAAAACUUCAUUCGGAGAUGUGCAAAAUGGCUAACAGAAUGGCUUCCGUUCGAGUAUUUCAUCUUAGCGACAAUUAUAGCCAACUGUGUUGUGUUAGCAUUGGAUACACAUCUCCCGGAGGAUGAUAAAACACCGAGGUCAAUAGCACUGGAAGACACUGAAAUAUACUUUCUCGCCAUCUUCUGUUUGGAAGCUGCGAUUAAAGUCAUAGCUCUAGGGUUUUGUCUUCACGAAGAGUCGUAUUUACGAAACGGUUGGAACAUCAUGGACUUCAUAGUUGUAGUCACAGGUACUGUAUCAGUAGUAGAAGCGAGUAAUGCUACCCAAGCAGGGGGUGGCUUUGAUCUGAGGACCUUGCGAGCAGUCAGAGUGUUGAGACCUCUAAAACUAGUAUCUGGUAUCCCAAGUCUCCAAGUUGUUUUGAAAUCCAUCAUCAGAGCUAUGGCCCCUCUCCUUCAAAUCACUUUACUCAUUCUGUUUGUAAUCAUCAUCUUUGCCAUCACCGGUAUGGAGUUUUUCAUGGGAAAAUUCCAUCGAACAUGCUUUGUAUACGAUCCAGUAGCUGGAGUCGUGACCAAUGAGAUAGCAGAGGACGAACCUCAAGUGUGUGGGAACAGGCAAUGUGGGGAAAAUCAAAAUUGCACAGAGUAUUGGGAAGGACCAAAUUUUGGAAUAACAAACUUUGACAACAUGCUCUAUGCUAUGUUAACUGUGUUCCAAUGUAUUACCAUGGAAGGAUGGACGGACAUCAUGUAUAAUUGCAAUGACUCCGAGGGUCCUCGAUUUGUCUGGAUCUACUUCAUUCCUCUCAUCAUUCUGGGUUCAUUCUUCAUGCUCAAUCUCGUUCUUGGAGUCCUCAGUGGAGAAUUCGCAAAAGAAAGAGAGCGAGUCGAAAACAGAAGAGCUUUCUUAAAACUGAGAAGACAGCAGCAGAUAGAUAAAGAAUUGAUGGGCUAUUUAGAAUGGAUAUGUAAAGCAGAAGAAGUCAUGCUCAAUGAUAAAUCUAUAUCAGAAGAAGAACGAGAAGCCAUAGAAGACCGGCGGCGUGACGCCGCUGCAAGAACAGAGGAUCUCAGUAAUGGCAAACCAUCAGGUGCUGAUUUAGUCACUAGUUAUGGCAUAGAUAAUGACAUAGACCCUAACUCUAACUCUCCUACCAAAGAAAAAAAGAAAAAGAAGCGGAAGAAGAAGUUUGUACGGAUCAGACGAGCUGAGAAGAGGUUACGCUUCGCCAUUCGUCAUGCUGUGAAGACACAGGCUUUCUAUUGGCUUGUUAUAGUCCUUGUAUUCCUCAACACAAUCUGUGUUGCUAUAGAACACUACAACCAACCCCAUUGGCUAGAACAAUUCUUAUACUAUGCAGAAAUAGUGUUCCUUUGUAUCUUCAUAAUGGAAAUGGUCAUAAAAAUGUAUGGCCUCGGGCCUGCGGUCUACUUCCAAUCAGCUUUCAACAAAUUUGACUGCCUUGUUAUAUGCGCGAGCAUGUUUGAGGUCAUCUGGACAAAAUAUAAAGACGAGUCUUUUGGCCUUAGUGUACUUCGAGCCCUGCGACUCCUUAGGAUAUUCAAAGUAACAAGGUACUGGACCAACCUGCGUUACCUCUUGGUUUCAUUGGUACAUAGCAUUCAGUCUAUUGUCAGUCUGGUAUUCUUACUAUUCCUCUUCCUUGUCAUCUUUGCUUUGCUCGGUAUGGAGUUCUUCGGCGGACGAUACUGGUCCUCCCUGCGGAACCUAGUGAUAUCCCUGUUAAGUAGUAUGCGUUCCAUUGUUAGUCUCCUCUUCCUACUUUUCCUCUUCAUCCUCAUCUUCGCCCUCCUGGGGAUGCAGUUAUUCGGUGGAAGCUUCAAUUAUGACGCAACGCAGGCGAAACCUUCCAGUAAUUUUGACACCUUCUGGAUAGCUCUCAUAACAGUAUUUCAGAUCCUAACAGGAGAGGAUUGGAAUGCAGUGAUGUAUCAAGGUAUCAAGUCCCAGGGCGGGGUACCUAACGGAAUGUGGGCGAGUAUCUACUUCGUCAUUCUGGUGCUAUUUGGCAACUACACACUGUUGAAUGUCUUCCUUGCCAUUGCUGUUGACAACCUCGCCAACGCCCAGGAGCUGACCAAGCUUGACCAGGAGGAAGAUGAGGAGAACAGGGAGGCCGCGGCCAGGGAGCUCCAGGAGCUCCAGGCCGCACAGACGCCCAACCUCAGCAGGAGAGGAUCUCCAAACCCUGAUCAUCUACCGAUUGAGGAUGGCACCAACAUACAGCUGAAUGACAUGAAAGACCCACAGAGAAUGAAUGGAGAUCACAAUGGAGACAUGGCGGAAGAAGACGAUCCCAAUGGCGACGCUAAGGGAAAAGGUUUUUUUCGGAGAACGUACCAGCAGCUUAACGUCCACGGCAUCCCCUGGCCGUGCCCUUCCUGCGAAAAUGUUGAGUGUCCUUGUGUGUGUACGUGUACCUGUAGCUGCCAAAUGAGAAAGAACGACAACAACAACGCCAAAGAAAAAGAAGCUGAAGAUGAGAACGAUGAAUCAUUUCAUCCCAAGCCGAUGGUUCCAUAUAGCGCCCUCUUUAUAUUUAGCACCACCAACCCCGUUCGCCGUUUUUGUCACUACAUAGUCACACUACGCUACUUCGACACAAUGAUUAUGGUUGUUAUUGCCCUCAGUAGUAUAGCCUUAGCAGCAGAAAACCCCAUAGACCCUGACGACAUGAGAAACCAAGUUCUAGAAUACUUUGACUACGUCUUUACUGGUAUCUUCACCAUUGAAAUGGUCCUGAAGAUCAUGGACAUGGGCCUCCUCCUCCACAAAGGCUCCUACAUGAGAGAUCUCUGGAAUAUUCUUGAUGCUAUCGUUGUUGUUUGUGCCUUAUUUGCUUACGCCUACAGGGGAGCAUCUACACCCACGUCAAUGGCAAUGACAUUGGUGGAAAGUAGUGGAACGGGUGGAGGAGGACCUCAGAAUCUGAACACCAUCAAAUCAUUGAGGGUACUGAGGGUGCUGCGACCGCUAAAAACCAUCAAGAGGGUUCCGAAACUAAAGGCUGUGUUUGACUGCGUAGUGAACUCGGUAAAGAACGUCACCAACAUCGCAAUCGUCUACCUCCUAUUUAUGUUCAUCUUCGCUGUCAUCGGCGUCCAACUCUUCAAGGGAAAAUUCUUCCACUGCUCCGACCUGUCAAAAGUCACCGAGGAAGAAUGCCAGGGAAGAUAUUUCUUGUAUGAAGGAGACCAAAUAAAAGAAAGUGCUGACCGAGUGUGGGCCAAGUAUGAAUUCAACUAUGACAAUGUCGCCUUAGCUUUGCUCACACUCUUCACCGUAUCCACCGGGGAGGGAUGGCCUGAUGUUCUGAAGCAUUCAAUCGAAGCCACAGAGGAAGGAAUGGGCCCCACCCCGUACAACAGGAUCGAGAUGUCCCUAUACUACGUGGUCUACUUCAUUAUCUUCCCUUUCUUCUUCCUCAACAUCUUCGUUGCCUUGAUCAUCAUCACCUUCCAGGAGCAGGGCGAUCAGGACUUCUUUGACGGCGACAUCGAUAAGAACCAGAAACAAUGCAUAGAAUUUUGCAUCACAGCCAAGCCUGUCGACCGGUUCAUGCCAGCCAACAAGAAUUCAUUCCGCUUCAAAGUGUGGAAGUUGGUCGUUUCGUCGGCCUUUGAGUAUUUUAUCAUGGCUCUCAUUACGUUUAACACAUUCACGUUAAUGAUGAAGUACAAUGAUCAAGGACAAAUUUACACAGACGUCCUCAAGUACCUUAACAUAGCAUUCACAGUCCUCUUCACGAUAGAAGCUAUACUGAAACUUAUAGCAUUUGGGAUAAGGAAUUACUUCAAGGAGGGGUGGAACACUUUUGACUUUAUCACGGUAGUGGGGAGCGUAGCCGAUGUCAUCAUUUCAGAAGUUGGGGAGGGUUUCAUCAACCUGAGCGUGUUGAGACUGUUUCGGGCAGCCAGGUUAAUCAAACUUCUAAGACAGGGUUCCUCAAUUCGCAUUCUACUUUGGACCUUCAUACAGUCAUUCAAGGCCCUACCAUGGGUUUGUCUGCUGAUAUGGAUGCUGUUCUUUAUCUAUGCAAUCAUUGGAAUGCAGAUAUUUGGUAACAUAGCACCAAUAGACGGGGAGCAAAUUAAUCGCCACAACAACUUUGGCCAAUUCUUCAAUUCGUUACUGUUGCUGUUCAGAUGUGCUACAGGCGAAGCAUGGCAGUCCAUCAUGAUGAGCUGUUUACCAGGAGCACCUUGCGCUGACCCGGACAAGAGCAACCCUACUGGUAUCAAACCGGACGAUACCUGCGGCUCAAACUUCUCAUACGUCUACUUUGUGAGCUUCAGCUUUCUCUGCUCUUUCCUCAUGUUGAAUUUGUUUGUUGCUGUCAUCAUGGAUAACUUUGAUUACCUGACGAGAGAUGCAUCCAUCUUAGGAGCUCAUCAUUUAGAUGAGUAUGUCAGGAUCUGGGGUAACUUUGACCCGACAGGGAGUGGGAAAGUCUUGUACAAAGAUAUGUAUGACAUGUUGAAGAACAUUGAACCUCCAGUGGGUUUUGGUAGAAACUGCCCUUAUAGAAUUGCUUAUAAGCGAUUAAUCCGGAUGAAUAUGCCUGUAGAUGAGAAUAAAAUGGUACAAUUUACAUCAACGUUAAUGGCUCUGAUUAGAACAGCCCUAGAUAUCAAGAUUGGAAAAGUGGCUGAUCGAGAUCGUCAUGACGCUGAGUUGAGGGAGGCAGUCAAGUGUUUCUGGCCUCACCUCUCGGCUGAGAAACUGGACUUUCUUGUACCUCCAGACAGCGAAUUGAUUGGGGAGAAGCUAACAGUGGGGAAGAUCUAUGCAGCAUUACUGAUCUAUGAGACUUGGAGAGAGUACAAGGCCAAGAUACAAAGAGAUGGACAUGCAAGAACGAUGCGUGAAGUUAUAGAAUUGGUCUACUUCAAGUAUCUCUACAAGAAAUACCCAGACUUCGACAUCAACGAUGAGCGCUACCAGAACACCUUUUCCGACGAGUUUCGUCGACAACGGGACGAGAUGAGGCGAGAGUACAUCAGGAAAUUUGAAGCUCGCAAAGAAGCCGAGCGGUUGCGUAAAUCUCGCUUGGCGGUCGGAGCGUCCGAAGAUGCAGACGAUGAGUCUGAGCCCAUGCCCACGUUCCACGAGACGCUAAGCCCAAUAACCAACAGGAGUCACCUUGCCUUUGGAGGGGUCUUUGGUCCACGCUCGGAGAGGAAUCGUGAAUUUUACCAGCUUCAACGAAGACGUUAUUCUAAUAUCCUUGGUGCAAGACCGCCCUCACCCUGUCCACCCAGGAAACAUUCAUCCAGCCCUAGACCUUCCCUAUCUCCGUCCAUUGACCCCUCCCCAAAUCCUUCAGAGAAUCCCUCGCCGAAACCCUCCCCAGUGUUAUUACGUCGCAUCAUCAACAAUCUAUUCCCAGGCAAACUAUAGAUUUCAUUCGUUCUUCUUUGCACAGGGUGGAUUUUUAGAUUAUAGUUAGAACUGCAUGAAUGAUGCCCAUUCCAAAUACACCUUUUGAUAGCAGCAU